AUGGCAUCGUCACCUUAUAAUAUUGAGGAUGUGUAUAAAGAAUUUGUUACGAUCAGUGGCUAUUUUGGGGAGGAGAAGACAAAUUCUGGAUCAAAAACUCAAGUAACUAAUGGAGCAAUCCACAAUUAUUGUCAUUACGGGGAUACACCAGGAAAAGGUAAUUGUAGUGAUUAUUUUCAAAUGGUUAGUUCUGGUGUUAUUCAUUUGCUAAAUAAUUUAAAGGGCAAGAAUGUUUUAGAUUAUGAUAAACUUGCCGAAUACGCUAUUUUAUGGUUAAGUUAUAAACUAUAUAUAAAGGAAAAUAAUACAGCCAGAAAUUUAAAUGAUUUUUAUAAUAGUUAUAUAGAAACAAAUAAGGAUUAUAAUAAGAAUAUAAAAGAUACUAAUCUGACUUAUAAGGCAAUUAUAGAUAAAAAAAAAGAUUUGAUGGAUAAUAAUGAAAUAUCUAAAUUUGAUGCCCCAUUUAAUAUAUUAUAUUUUUUGUAUUAUGAAAUUAGUGAUGAACAUCCGGAUUGCAAUACAAAUUUGAGUAUUGCUAAAAAUUUUGCUGAACAAUUUGAAAAACUCAAUAAUGAUUCUAAUAUUAAUGGAAAUACUUCAUACAGCAAAUUAUUGUCUACAUUAUCAGAUGAUUAUAACAUUUUAAAAAAUAAAUGCCCCAAAUUUCAAUCACUUUCAGAGAUAAAAAGAUCACAAAGUUCUGCAGAAAAUUCUGUAGAAGCUCCUGGAAAAGUUUCUGGACAACCUACUGCACUAAUUCCUGAAGGUACAUCAUCAAGUUCGUCGAUAUUAAACACAGUAAUUCCAGGUUUAUCGACAUUUGCAAUACCGAUUUUCUUGGUAGUUGCUUAUAAGACAAUAUAUAAGAAAAAAAAUAAAAAAAGUAAAGAAGAAAAUGAAACAUAA